CUGCCCGCUCGCCUUGAGGAGGGGCGCCAGGGACUCGGGCAGAGGAGCCGCGUGUGCCGGGCAACGGGAGCGCCUGGCACCUGUCCGCGUCCCGCGUCCCUGUGUCGGAGUCCUCGGGGCGAGCGGAGGAAGGAAGGAGCCAUGAGCCCCGCUGCGUUGGGAACCGCUUGCGUCGCCUUGAUGCUCUUGGGCAUCCUCAGCCGAGUCUCCGCGAACGAGCGGGGUAAGUGCGGAAGAAAUGAAUUUCAGUGCAGAAACGGAGACUGCAUCCCUUACAAAUGGAUCUGCGAUGACAGCCCUGAAUGCAAGGAUGGUUCUGAUGAAUCCUUGGAUGCUUGCAAAUCUGUGACUUGCAGUUCAACCCAGUUCAGCUGUGGCGGCCGCAUCAACCGUUGCAUUGAUGUAUCCUGGCGGUGUGACUCAGAAGUGGAUUGUGAAAAUGGCUCAGACGAAGACAACUGCCCUCCGAAACGCUGUGCAGAUCAUCAGUUCCAGUGCCGAAAUGGGAAUUGCAUUGCUUUUGACUUCGUCUGUGAUGAAGAUGAUGACUGUGGAGACGGCAGUGAUGAAUUAGACUGUCGUGCCCCGACCUGCAAUCCCGAAAUGUUUCAUUGCAACAGCUCAGAGUGCAUUCCCAAGCUCUGGGCCUGCGACAAUGAUGCAGACUGUAAAGACGGCUCGGAUGAAUCCCCCGAGUUCUGUGGAAUCCAGCAGGGAGCCAAGAAAGCCGACCCAUGUUCUCCACUGGAGUUCCACUGUGGGAGUGGCGAGUGCAUCCACCAGCGCUGGCAGUGCGACGGGAGCUUUGACUGCAAGGACAAAUCGGACGAGGCAGACUGUGUGAAAGCAACCUGCCGGCCUGAUGAAUUCCAGUGCAAUGACGGGAUGUGCAUCCAUGGGAGCCUGCAGUGCAACAAAGAGGCCGACUGCAAAGACCAGAGUGACGAGGUCGGCUGUGUGAACGUGACAACUUGCAAGGGACCAAAUGUAUUUAAGUGCAGCUCUGGAGAAUGUAUCGGCAUGGACAAGGUCUGCAAUGGAUUGAAAGACUGUCGGGACUGGUCAGACGAACCUCUUAAAGAGUGCCGAACUAAUGAAUGCUUGGCUAAUAAAGGAGGCUGUUCCCAUAUAUGCAACGACCAGAAAAUUGGAUAUGAAUGUUUGUGCCCUGAAGGCUUCCAGCUGAUUGAUCAAAGAAACUGUGAAGAUAUUGAUGAGUGUCUCAACCCUGAUGCCUGUAGCCAAGUCUGUGUGAACCUGCAAGGAAGCUAUAAAUGCGAAUGUAAAGAAGGAUAUGAGAUUGAUCCACCUACCAAGGCUUGCAAAGCAAUUGGCACCAUUGCGUACCUCUUUUUUACCAAUCGCCACGAGGUCAGGAAAAUGACAUUGGACCACAGCGAGUACACAAAUCUGAUCCCCCAUCUGAAAGAAGCCAUGGCCUUAGAUAUGGAAAUCAGCAACAAUAAAAUCUACUGGUCUGACAACUUUCACAAGAAAAUAUUCAGCACCCCGAUUGAUAAGGCUGGCAAUCAUUCCCACCAUACCACGGUGAUUAGCAGCGGCAUUAAGGCUCCAGACGGCCUGGCUGUUGACUGGGUGCAUCACAAUAUUUACUGGACUGACUCUGGCUUAGGCACCAUCUCUGUGGCCAGCAGUGAAGGCUUGAAGAGGAAGACGCUGAUCAAGGAGGUCGGGGCCAAACCACGUGCCAUUGUGGUGGAUCCAGUCCAUGGGUUCAUGUACUGGACUGACUGGGGGAUGUCUGCUAAAAUUGCCAAGAGUGGACUGAAUGGAGUGGACAGUUUCCCCUUGGUGAAAGAAGGCAUUCAGUGGCCCAAUGGAAUAACAUUAGAUCUGAUUACUCAUCGCCUCUACUGGGUAGACUCCAAAUACCACUCGGUCUCCAGCAUUGAUGUGAACGGGGAAAACAGAAGGACGAUCCUCGUGGAUAACGAGAUGCUGGCGCACCCUUUUGGCAUUGCAGUCUUUGAGGAUAAAGUGUUCUGGACAGAUGUCUUGAACGAAGCCAUCUUCAGUGCCAACCGCCGAACUGGUUCAAAUAUUGUGAAAGUGGCAGGGAAUCUCUUUUCACCAGAGGAUUUGAUGCUCUUCCAUUCUGUACGGCAACCAAAAGGUGUAAACUGGUGUGAGAAGAAUGGUGUCCCCAAUGGAGGCUGCCAGUACCUCUGCCUCCCUGCCCCCCAAAUCAAUCUCCAUUCUGCCAAGUACACCUGUGUCUGCCCGGACAGCAUGCACCUGGGCACCGACAUGAGAAGCUGCACCCAAGAUCCUGCUACACCUGUUCCCCCACCUGUGGCUGCUACGACAGUGCACUCUGCUAAGACCUCACCUGCAGCACGGCUACUAUCUACAAGGAAGACUCCGACCCAGAAAACGGAUCACCUGCCUGCAGAUGUGCUGAAUAAUGUUUUUACCAACAUCCCAGAACAAACCACUCAUGAGAUGGUCACUCUGUCCCAGCAAGUCCGAAACGGCAUUGCUGCAGAAACAGAUGGGACAGAACGGAGAGGCCCAUCAGCACUCGCUAUUGUUCUACCUCUGGCACUGAUUAGUCUGGUCUCUUUUGGGAUUUUCCUCAUUUGGAAGAACUGGCGUCUCAAGAACAUCAACAGUAUCAAUUUUGAUAACCCCGUUUAUCAGAAGACAACGGAGGAUGAGAUUCAUAUCUGUCGGAGCCAGGAAGGAUAUUCAUACCCAUCAAGACAGAUGGUCAGCCUGGAAGAUGACGCAGCAUGAAAUUGCCUCCACACCUCAAGUGCCUCUCUCAGGACUUUGCUGCUUAUUUUCUGGAAAGAAGAACACGAAUGGUCUGGCUACAGUUUUCUCCCAGGCAUCUAAUGCGACUCCCUGGGUGACUUGAUGGAUUGUCCCCACUCUCCUUUAUUUUUGUAAGAAGGAGGGGCGUUUGUCAGCUGCCAUUUUAUCAGGACAUUGAGCAAGUUAUGGCAUUGUUGCGUUUUUUUCUAUAUUUAUUGUUGUGCCCAGCGCUAACAGGACACUGGUACCUCCGAUAUGCCCUGGGUCUCCUUAGUCUGACAUGGUAAGAAUAUUUCUAAGUCUGGAAAAGAGGGAUUCAACAAAGAGAAAUUCUUCUCUGGAUGCGAGUUUGGUUGUGGCGAGGUCUCCCUGUGGAGAGAUCUUCAUGCCCCAAUUUCUUACACAUGAAGCGAGCUUGGAGGAAAGGUUGAGAGUCUAAAUCUAAUUUGAGGCAAGAAGUCAAAGUCGCCUAAUUCACUAACUUCUGGAUGCCCCUCUCCUUCCCAAACUAGACCAGAGAAGUUUUAAAAAUGGAUCGCAUCAUCCAUGUUGUCAACAGGAAACACUGACUUUUAUUUUCUAACUCCAAAGGAAAAAGCUCAAGGUAUUUGGAUCUGUUGUGAAUCUCCCUGUUGCUUCAGGGUUGCCAGUUUUCUUCCAGCUUUCCCUGUCCAAUCUACCAUGCACUUUUUUUGUUUUUGGUUUUUUUGGGGUUCAGUCUGUGAUCUACGUAGCCUGUGAUCCUGUAUAACAAUAUUUGCACUUGAUCGUUUUCCUUGCCUCCCUGGUCACCUCUGUGCCCAGAAAGAAAGAGGGUGGGGAAAUAAACCAAACCAAUGACACAAACAGGCUGACGGUGGGGAUGAUGGGCUUGUUGCUUUUGCUUGGUGCUGGGCCUCUUGUGCCUUUAGUGCAGAUAAAGAGAAAAGGGCAAUGGACUUGUGCUGGCCAAAAAAUAGGAACCGGAAGCCAUUUUUUUUCAUAUUCCGUCUCGAGUCACUUCUGUACUGUUGCCUUAAUGCUGCAUCUCUCUUUUCUUCAGUGUUACCUUUUUAUACUUGUAUUCCUUCCCUUCCUAAAGGAAAUGUGUUUUUUUUUAUACUGGGAGGGAGAUGCACGAUGGAUUGUCCCUUUUCCACUAAGUUGUAGCCCAGAGUCAAUCUCAUGUACAGUAGGAAGAACUUACCCUAGAUGGUGUCACUUCUAUAGCUGAAGGCAGCGUCUGUCACACGUUCUGAAGUGGGUGAAAACCAAGCUUACUUUCUGAGAUGAUCAAUAAUAUUCUGACCACUUGCUACUUUUAAAAUACUGGCAUUGAUACUUACGGAGAAGUAGAAUUAGGAUAUAAAUAUAAAAGAACUGCUAUUAAUAUAGCCUUUCUCAUCCCAUCUCAGAAACAGAAGCUGUGCCUCCUGUCUCCCUUCAGGAAUCUAGCAAUCAUUGGCUAGAAUAACCAGUGAGGAUUUUUUUGCUCUUGGCCUGACGCUUCUAAUUCCCUUCCCUUUGAAAGGAAAAGCACUAAAAGCAAGGAGAGAGCCCUUAGACUUUGGUCUUCAAGCUGUGAAAGAUGCCAAUCUCUUUCGCAUAGUAUAAAGUGUGUAAAUAAUGUGUGUGGUACAUGUCAAGGUAUAGAUACCCUUUGCACAAAAGUUGCCUUGUCUAUUUGUAUAUAUGUUCAUAAAAACAUGACUUAUUUAUUUAUAUGUUUAUAUUAUUGAGGUUAUUAAUUGGCCCUUUUUUUUCCUGUCCCACCUCACGUUGCCGUGUCUGUUUUCAUUCCUUUCCCUUCCACAAAAAACUGCUUUUAGUGUAUCCACGUUCGUGUGAAUGAUGUAAAUUUUGCCCCUAUUUGAAGUAAGCCAGACAAGGUGAACACAGUACAGUAUACAACGUAGACGUUUGUGGAAAUGUACUUCUCAAAGAGAACACAAGAUCUACUUCACAUGGUUUGGACCUUCUCCCUUAGGCUAAUGGUUUGAGUCACAGAUUAUUAUUUUUGCUGCCCUAUAUUGGUGCUCUGAAUAGCAUACCUGAUCGUGAGGAACCGAUACCAAAUGAAUAGUUAAUUCUGUCUUCUGCAAUGAACCUAGUUAACUUAGAAGAGGUAUAUUCCUUUACAUUUAACCGCUUGGCAGCAUUUUCAUAACUAGCUAUGGCGCUGCAUGUUUUUUGUUACUGUCCUCUGUUGCUCAGGUUCUUUCUUCUGGGAUAGCAGAAUUGACUCCCAGCUGGAGGCAGCUGGGAAUCGACUGUUUUCUGUUCUGGCGCCUUUCGCUGUUGCACUGUGAACUUGUAAACUUUUAAUUCUGCAUCACUGUAUUAGAAUUGCAUGUAAGUGAAUCACGACCAACCAAAGUUUCUAAUGAUCAAUAAUUACAGAAGAUUCUGUGUCUACAUCUUCAGAGAAGAACAGAAAAUACAACUUAGGGGCCUUAAAUAAACUUUGAAUGUUUUUAGGGUAUUGUAUUAAGCAUCAUCAUAGAGGCCUUUUUUUUUGUUGAAACGGUCAGUUUGAUAAAAAUGUUUUAAAGUGAAAUAAAUCAUAAGGUUGAUGAAAGGGGUGCCACCUGUGAGAAGCUCUUCUCUUGGAGUGCUAAGCAGCUGCUUUAAUAUUUUAACCUCUGUCAAAGUAAUUGCUUAUUAAAAUGACCUUGUGAAAAGUCUCACCAAUUUGAGGCUGAACCCUCAAAACAGUCUAGGGGUAUUCAGUGGGUUUUCUUGAUUUUGUUGGGUUCCAAAAUCUGCAAUUUUUUUACACAAGCAUCAGUGAUGUGCUAGUGUGGGGAAUGUUAUGCCUUUUCCCUACGGCAGUCUAGAUCUCAUGCAUCUCUUAUGACUCUCCCAAGCUGAAGAACAGAACCUUAGAGUGAAGCUGUAUUUUCAUUUUAUGAAACUAGAAUCUUUUCAGCCUUCAACUCAUGAGCCACACACUGAACAAACUUGUUCUGGUCCCUGGAAUUCAGUGAGGUUUCAGGAUGUUUGUUAAAUCUCAGUGACUUUUUCAAGUUGAAACUUUUUUUAAAAGCAGAAAAACCUGUCGUGGAAGAAGAUAGUCGGGAUAGUUGGGUGGGAAGAGAAUUACCAGCCUUUGCUUUCGUUCACUUGCCUCUGGUGUGUGGUGUAAAGUUGAAGAAUGACUUGGAAUGCAGUGGAUGGCAGGGUUCUCCUUUCAUGCUUCCAUGUGUUGAUGCUACUGCCUUCCUGAUUGAGGCAAAGGAAAACCAGGUUAAGUUAUUUUAAUUGGAUAGAUAAACUGAUUUUAUAUGUAAACAUCUGACAAGUAAAUUGUACCUUUAUGGAUUCAUUGAGCUUUAUUUUUUUAAAUAUUAAACAUGUGUCUUGAAAUUUAUGGGGUAUUUCCCCACAUAUUGAAUGAAUUUAAUAAAUAUUUAAAUACA